AUGAAAAUUUUUAUUUAUUUAGCAAUUGUACAAUUGGUUGUAUUUUUCCAUAAAUGUGUUGAUGCUACCAAUGGUGUAUCUCAAUUUACUAAAAAUGGAGGUAAAUAUGAAAGUAAGGAGAUGGGCAAUAAAAAUAAAGCAGCAUGCAAAUUAGAUAAUGGAAAAAAUAAAAAUGAAGUUAAUGCAGGAAAUGAUUUUUCUGAAGAAUCCUAUAUUGAUAAUGCAUAUGGAGAAGGAAAAGAUAAAUUGGAUGAAGACAUGGAGGAAGUAGAUAAAGAAUUUGCAGAAUUAAAUCAAAAAGGAUCUUACGAAAACAAUAAUCUUAGAAAUAAUUUAAGUGUAGCAAAUUAUGAUGACAAGAAAGAUUCAAAUAAUGCAGCAGCACAUUUUUCUGAUAUAUUAUAUGAAGAAAAAAAAAGAAAAAUAUUAUUAAUCCAUAUUUUAAAAAAUAUAAAAAAAACUUUACAUAGACAAAAUGAAAACUUUAAUAACUUCCUUUCCUUUUUAAGUGAAAAUUAUGACAAUUAUGAAAAAUUUACAUUAUUAAAAAAUAAUCCAAAUAUGAAUAAAAAUAAUUUAAAAUAUUCAAAUAUGUUACCAGGAAAUGCAAACCCUGAAAGUAUUCAAUCUUUUUUAAGUAUCCAAGAAAAUAAUAAUAAUAAAUGUCUUUUGAAAACAAAAAAAGAUGAAAAUGAUGAUAUACCAAGUGACGAAAAUAAUGAUAAUGAUUUCCCAAGUGAUAUUAAUAAUGAUAAUGACUUCCCAAGUGAUGAUAAUAAUAGUGAUGAUGAUGGAAAAAAAGAAGAUGGUGCAAAGGAAAUUCAAGACGUUAUUGAUAUGUUGAAAAAUCUUUUAGACUCUGAUAAUAUUUCUUUUCAACAAAAAGAAUACUUAAAAUUAAUUAUCCAAGUUUUAGAAUUAGAAGGUGAUUUAUUAGAUAAAGAAAAAGUUCAAGUUGAAUUAAACAAAGAUAUAAUUAAUGUAUUAAUGGGUAAAUCUAAUGAAUUAAGAGAUUUAGCAGUAAAAUUAAGUAACGAAAAUGGAGAAUCUGAAGGAUCACAAAGAGUUGAUUUAGCUCAAAAUAUUGUUUCAAACUUAUUGAACUUAUCUGUUGAAUUAAAAAAUACAGGAAAUAUUGUAUAUAACAAUAUCCAAGGACAAGGAGAAUUACUUCAAACCAUCGAUAAAACUAUGAGCAAGGCAGGUAAUGAAUUAAAAAACAUACGAGUCCAUACUUCAUACAAAGGUGCAAAUUCAAAUGAUGAUAAUGACAACAAUGAUGAUAACGAUAAUAAUGACAACAAAGAUAACACUGAAAAUAAUGAUAAUAUUACUGGAGCUGGAAAAGGUGUAAAAUCCAAAUAUUACAAAAAUUAUGGUAAAAAAAAUACAUCAAAAUAUGGCUUAAAAGAAUUUAACACUUUAGGAAAUAAUGACAAUAAAAAAAAAGAUUUAAAACAUUUCAAUCUUGACGAUAAUAUGAAAAACCACUUUUUCAACUUAUUUAAAAAAGACGAAGUAACUCUCAAAAAAUUAUAUACAAUGCUUUCUAAUUUAAUUUAA